AGAUCAGCUGUCAGCCCCUUCCUUCCAUCCCAAGCUCAUUUCUAGCAGCAUUUCCAACACCUGCUCCUCCUUUCCUUUUCCCAGCCUGCAGCACGUGUCCGUAGCCUGGUGUUAAAGGCAGAAAUCACCGAGGGGAGUUCUCUGAAGCUCCUUUGGCAAAGCCUAGGCUCAACGCAGCCCAGAAAAGGGGCUUUGCUUGAACUGCUGCAAAGCCCACGCUGAAACCCUCGCUCUUUAUGCGGCAGCCCAAUAACCCCAGUUGACUACAACGUGCCUUCCACCUUAAAAAUCCCUGCCAAGGGGAGAGGUAUCCUCACGCUACAGGGGAAAAGCAAAUACUUGCUGCCAAUCCGGGCAGAUGCUGUCAGCUGUGCAUCUGCAUAUCAGCCCCUGGAUGGGAAUAAAAAGCACCCGCCUGCCUCAGCCUGGCUCAGGGUCCUGCUCCCGGCCAGGCACGGGGCUCUCAUGGCGCUCUGGGCAGCUCUCCUCUGUGCCUUGGUGGCAUCGCUGCUCGGUGGGCUCUACCUCCUGGGUGUCUUCCGGAGCCGAAGACCCAAUGAACCCCCUCUGGAUAAAGGUAUCAUCCCCUGGUUGGGCUACGUGCUGGAUUUUAGAAAGAACAGUUCAGAGUUUCUAAAAAAGAUGCAGAGAAAACAUGGGGAUAUUUUCACAGUGCUGAUUGGAGGCUAUUACUUUACCUUCGUGAUGGACCCCUUCUGCUUUGGAGCCAUCAUGAAGGAAUCACGAUCUAAACUAGACUUCAGGUCCUUCGCAUCUAAACUGGUCCUCCAGGUGUUUGGCUACAAGCCCAUCGAAGCCAGCCAGAGCACGAUGCAUGCUUUGAGCAUGAAGCACCUGACGGGAGAUGGGCUCAACCUCCUGACGAAAGCCACCAUGGGUAACCUUCAGAAGCUGAUGUUUUCCAAGCUGAGCUCACGAGAGGAGAAGCGACCGUGGCAAGAGGACAGCCUCUUCCACUACUGCUACAACAUCGUCUUCAGAGCUGGGUACUUGGCUCUGUAUGGCACAGAGUCCCACCGAGGGGCAGAUAAUGAGGAGGGGGCUAACGAGCGAGAUCGCAUCCACUCCAACCAGCUGUUCAAUGAGUUUCGGAAGUAUGACCGCCUCUUCCCUUGCCUGGCCUACUCUAUGUUGCCCCCCAAGGACAAACUCGAAGCUGAGCGGCUGAAGAGGUUCUUCUGGAGCACGCUGUCCGUGAGGAGGAGCUGUCAGAAGGACAACGUCAGUGGGUGGAUAAGCGAUCAAGACCAAUUUCUGGCAGAAAACGGUGUCCCUGAGUACAUGCGGGAUCGUUUCAGGUUUAUGCUCCUCUGGGCAUCCCAAGGCAAUACAGGCCCCACUGCCUUCUGGCUCCUCCUUUAUCUCAUGAAGCAUCCAGAUGCCAUGAGGGCUGUGAAGGAAGAGGUAGAGCAGGUCUUGAGGGAGAACGGCCACGAGGUGAAGGCUGGAAGCCCACCAACUGACAUCACUAGGGACAUGUUAAACCAGACUCCUCUUCUGGACAGCGCUCUGGAGGAGACCCUGAGGCUGGUGGCAGCCCCGUUGCUGGUCAGAGCUGUCCUCCAGGACAUGAGUCUUGAGAUGAGCAACGGCAUGGAGUACGUGCUCCGCAAAGGAGACAGGGUGGCUCUGUUCCCACACCUCUCCGUGCAGAUGGACCCUGAAAUCCACCCCGAGCCUCACAGAUUCAAGUACGAUCGCUUCGUAAACCCAGAUGGCACCAAGAAAGAUUUCUACAAGGAUGGGAAACGGCUGAAAUACUUCAGCAUGCCUUGGGGGGCGGGCAUAUCCAUCUGUCCUGGGCGGUUCUUUGCCACCACCGAAAUUAAAUUGUUUGUCUUCUUGAUGCUGGCUCACUACGACCUGGAGCUGGUCGAUGGCAAAGAGGAGAUCCCAGCCAUCGACAUCAGCCGCUGGGGGUUCGGGACGAUGCAGCCCGUCCAUGACGUUCGCUUCAGGUACCGGCGGCACUUCUGAGAAGGCCAGGUUGCGUUUUUUUUUUGUUGUUGUUCAGGUGUUAUCUGUGAAAUAAACUGCCUGAUCUCAUGGUCGCUGGAUCUGUGUGGAGCCGAUAGCGGUACGUUCUUGUUCGCUUAGUGGUUAUUGUGGCUUUCCUCUCUACCUCCUUCGCACGUGUCGCUGCCCUGCACCUCUGGUUCCUGAAUUCGGUUAGGUUAUGAAGUAAAAGUUCGUCUGCACGCCCGCAAGAGAGCACAGAGGGACAAUGGUGAGGUGGGGGAGCCCAAAUAACACCCUGCUGGGCUACUCCCAACCCCUGCACAGGAGCCGCCAGCCCAUCAGAGACACAUCCGCACAAGCCUGGAGGAGCACAGGGGCUUUGUGCCAGGUGGAACCCAAAUUAAGGACUUCCGAGGAGCCAGCACGUUGUCCGGGCCCCAUAGGGACCUCAGCUGGGUCCAGGACGUGCCAUCAGGAGCAGCUCUCCAGACCUCCCCCAGAUCCAGAGCCCUAACGACACAUCAGAAGGACCACAAGGUGAGCAGGGAUCCCAGCUUAUUUUCCACAUGAAACAUCACGGGCAGGAUGGCGUCAGCUUGUAGUACACCCCUACAGGUCAGACAACAACAAAUAUCCUCUCCGUCAGGAUUUCCUAGGGGCUUUCAGAUUGCCUCAUCUGUCAUCCCCUUCUCUCCUCUGUUCAAGACGUGCUCCUAUGAAGCCUCCACAGAGGUGCCCCUCACAGCAGAUGUGGGGCAUACAGAGCAAGGACAUACUGACAACUCAUCCCCUGCUCAUGCUUAAGAAAAGGAGAGAUUUUCCAGUCUAGUUUAUUGCUUUAGCAAGAGGAGAAGUGAGUUGCAAAUGUCAGUAAUAGCCUAAGGACCCGUUUUCAUGCAUCGCCCUGAAUUGGGAAUGCAUGUGGCCACCUGCCCUACCAGGACUGCAGGAGGCUGGCUGUUCAAGCCCUGUCUUGUGAACAGUUUCUGGGGAUAUAAAAAGCUUUGUGUGUGUGUUUGUAUCUGGCUUCAUCCCACCAACCACAACACAGCUCAGGUGGGAUCCCCUGCAGCACGCAGCCAGCUCACUGCUUCAGUGCAAACCAUUGCAAAACCCAGAAAUUCUGGAGUUUGCAGAGGGCUGCAGCAGUUCUGUCCUCCUGCGAGGGGAGGGCUGAGCCUGAUCAGGAUCCCGAUGGUCCUCCACCCUUCCCUCGAGUCCCCUGGGCCGACGGUGUUCCCAGAUGCCUGCUGGAAAGUGCCUCCCCCCCCUCCAAAUUUAGCCCCCAGCCUCUGCAAACAUGUAAGGAAGGGGAUGGGGUUAGCAGGAAGGGGCUAGAAAAAUGAACUGGGGUGUGAGCAAAAAGUGUAACAACCUCAGCCCCUUACAGACUACAGCCGCUGGGACCUUCUGGGACCCCAAACAUCUUGGUUUUAUCCACCUCAUGAUGAAGGAUAAAACUUUGCCCUACAAGCACUGCUGUGUUUUUUCCCUUCAACAUCGCAGCUCUGGCAGCAGCACUCCUCCCAGGAGUUAAACCCAGCCGUGCCUGUGCAGAGGACAGUGAACCGAUUUUAACACUGACUUUGGACUUUGGAGGUUACGUACGAGUGAGGAGCACAACUCGAACAUUUUCACGUGUGGCAAAACAUCAAAGCCAGCCCCUGCUCUGCGUUGUGAAGGACAGGGUUGUGCUGUAAGGUUUGCACGUCAAGGGCAAACGGUCCAGUGCUGCCACACUGGGUGUGAGCCCAGAGCUUGCAGGGGUGGAAAUUCAGACAGAAACUGUCAGGCAGCUGUGGCAGAGCCAAGAGAAACAAGAUCAACCUGUAACUGCAAAAGGCUCGGCUGUGACACUUCUGAUUAAAAACUCCAGCUCCUUUUCACAACUUACAUGUUCCCCCUAUGGCUCUCAUCUCUUUUUUUUUUCUUUUUUUUUUUUUUUUUUUUUUUGGUCAUCACACGUGUUUUUUUUUCUUUGCUCUGCUACCAGGAAUUAAGCUGGAGCUCUUCCCAAGUUCUGGCCAAUGGCCUGACCUUUGCACACUCCAAACCGUGCCCAGGGAUGCCUUGGGAUAGCUGGACAGGUCAAGGCCACGGCAAGGACUAUGCUGCCCCUUAACACAUGGACAACUGAACCUCCACACCUACAAACAGUCCCCGAAAGCACCUUAAUUGCCGGGGAGAGCCAGACCCUGCAGCUGAUGCUGGUACCUGAAAAUCUGACCUGACAGCCUCCCAGAAAUGAGCUUACUUGGGUGGUUUCUGGUGGUUUCUCCCCCUGGUGAAGGCAGCACUGCCCUAGGAAAAAAACACUCUGCAUUUUAGUGCUUUACUUUCUCAGCUGUACUCCCAACCAGUGCAGGAAAUCUGUCACCGAAUCUUUUUUUUUGUCCUAUGACAGGAAACUCUUCCUUUCCAGAUAACCUAAGUAUAUCGAGAGGCUGAUGGCUCCAGCUAUCUCAAAGCCUUUGGUGACCGCAGAAGCCUCUCGCUCUUUGGGAGACACCCACGGGAGCUCCUGGUCGCACAGCAACACCCUGGCCCAGUGACAUUCCCCACUCCAAAGCACACUCUGGCAAGAGGAUUUUUUUUUUUUUCUGUGGGUCGUUUACAUAAAGGCUGUUCAUGACUAAUGCACUUCGUGGUGUGUGUUUUUUGUUAUCGCGCAUAUAGGCUCCAGGUCAGAGGGGAGGGAUGGGUUCUGCACAAACACAGACUGGGUUUGAGAAGGGGGUAUAAGAAUAAUGACAGUGACAAUGAUUCAGCAGAAAAAUUUGGCUUUACUUCCUUGUCAGAAUGGUUAAUUUAACAAAACAAUGUUGAGUCUGUAAAAGACUUCAGACAUGCUCAAAUGCAUGCAAGUGUGAGAAGCAAAAAAUCACUUUGAAAAUCAAAUUUGAGGAAGUGUGAAAGCUCCAAAUGGGUUAAUCAGCAAUCAACAUUUUAUGCAUAGAUGGGCUGUCCCCUGGCACCGAGCACUCCAUCCCAACACGUACCAGCAAGAGUGAAGAACUAGAUGCGGCAACAGAAACCUUACUGGGUUUGUAAAAGAAGUUAAAUCGGAAGGAAUCCAGGCUCCUGAAACGUUUAGUGGCCAGACCUUGUCACACUGUCUGUGUUACUUAACUCCUCUGUCCCUCAGGAGUGGCAUCUGGCCCUAAAACCUUGGUUUUCUCUUCUGUAGAGCAUUGUGAGGACAAUAUUACCUUGCUAUUCAAAGUUAUACAGUCUAUCGAAUCAGUGUCUGCUCUCCACAGCACAGUGAAAGCUCCUUUGCUCCCAGUUCACUCUGCACACCAUGCAGGAGAAGUCGCCGUGAUGCUGCGUGCUUCAGGUCUGGGACAACACGGGUUAAAUGUGUUGGAAAAGACCACCACUGGUGAAACAGCAUCACGUCUAGUAUUAAACUGUAACACGUUAGGAACAGAUUUCCCACCCUCAUCCCUCUAAGGAGAGUGAGAUGUGGCUCUGGGAAAGCCUCUGCUUACAUGCUGCUUGUGAGGAAAGCUCACAAAACCCAAGUGCACCAGCAGGUACAACAUUCACACCAGAGAAGCUCGCAGGAACAGAGGUUAUAAGUGCGAAGCAAUGACACAGCUAACACUGUCCUUCAUGAAGGCAAGCAAUCCUCAGCAGAUGUUGAGGAAGAAAAAGGACCACGAAAGUUCAGGUUGCUCUAGGACUUUUCAGAAGAAAUAACCCCCCCAGCAUUUUCCAAUGCUGCUGGAGUCACGUCUCGUGAUAGGUGAGCCUCCCUGGAAAAUGACAGCUGGGCUUCGAAGCGGCAAAGUCCCUUGUGGUGCAAAGUCUGCAUGGAACGAGGUCACGGUCACUUGUGUGUGCUGCCGUUGCUGUCCUGUGCUGAGCUAUUCCCAGCACAUCACAGCAUGCGCAGAACUAUCCCGUGGCAGGCAGAAUGCACAAAUCCAGACCUUUGUGAAGCCAGGUGGGAUGGGGCAGUGUCUUUGAUGGGCAGCAAAGCAGGGCAGAGACUUUGCUGCAAUGAACUGGCCCGGUGCUGACACCACCACUUCCCAGCUCUGGAUGUGCUCAGAGAAGGCUUGCUGCACGUGCUCGUUUUAGCCCUGCCUGUGAGGAAAGACAUACAACUAAAUCCUCCAUGGGCCAGCAUCCUGCUCAUGGUGAACAUCUUUCCCAGAGCUGCUCAGACACGAAGUCACAGCUUGGUUUCUCCAAGAGUUGUGUCUGUAUGUUUGUUCUUUAACGUGUCUCUAAGACAAAGCGAUGUGGAUGCAGUCAGCCAGAUGAGGGAUUACUGCUAGAUCCUAUGUGAUCGGUAAGUUGAUCAUCUAGGUCUAAUAUGAAACUUCAAAUACACUUCCAAAAAACCCAAGUUUUGUGGAGUUUACUCACCCUGAACCCCUUGAGAAUCACGGUCAGCUCUGCAGAAACAACAGCGCCCACGGAGGGCUGGUGAGCUCUAUGACAGCAGGAGCUGAGGGUUAACUUGGGGCCCAGGGAGAGCAGUAACUCCUCUCAAAGCCAAGCAAGCUAUACAGGGUGAGGAUGAGAUGUGCGCAGUGGCUGGAAAGCCCUGUUGCCAUUGCCCGCCCUGCACACACCCUGUGCUCCAAGGCUGCUCUCACAGAGACUGGCUCAGUUGUUUCUUGGUGACGUGGGAUGGAAAGGGUUUCCUCACAAAGUAAGGUUAAAAAUCUCCCCUGUGGCACCACUGUCACAUACGUACCACACCUCCCCUUUGCAGCGUCUUGUUGCUCCACAACAGCCCUUCUCCACCCCACGUUUAGUCUUGGGUCAGGCCCCGUGCGGAUGGUGCAGAACUUGGCCAAGUGUGUGGUGUGCUGAGCCCAGCUGCCGAUGGUGCUGUCAGAGCCCUACUGCUCCUUGUGCCUGGCACGUGGCAAAGACAUGGCAUCACAGGACAAGUCACACUGGGAGGGACCUCUCGAGGUCUCUUGUUCAAUGCUCUGCUCAACGCAGGGUCAGCUCAGGGCUUUCUCCAGUUGGACCUC